AUGGCCUUCACGUUGAAGUACCGGAACAGCUUCAUCGAUGCAGAGGAUCGAAUGCCUGAGGGAGAUGAUCGGAUGCGACGUGCUAGCAGUUUGCCACCCAGAAUCUCAAAGAUGGUCGAGGUUGAGGAGAUCUUGGAAGACGAGGAGAGCUUGCAAUGUUACGUGCAGAAGCUCUCCGAGGAUCUCUCCAAGUCCUUAGAUCGCAGCCCGCUGGCCCGCUGCAACCGAGGAUCUUCCCCCCCCGGAGCGCCGCUCUCAGUCAGAAGAGAUGGAGUUCGGCGUGAUGGGUCAGCGCCUCCCAGGGAGUGUGGGUCACCCAGAACUCUGCAGGCGGCCUUGCAUUUACUUCAUGGCAGGAAACUGCGAGAACGGUGA